AUUACUUCACGUCUUCCAUGACAUCCAAGCGAGCCAAAGACUUCCUCACUAAAGAACUGUUUAUUAAGAAAAAUGUGGUCACAUUCCGGUCUUUGAGUCGCGAGCUCGAUAUUCACGUCAAUGACGCCAAAAAUGAGCUUGCCGCGUAUCUAGCGGACACUGCAAACACCGACACGCCAUCAUUCGCAACGUACAUGGUCUCUGGUCAAAUCGCUCCACUGCACACCAAUGGAAGCCUGCUUGAUGCAAUGGACGUCAGCGAUGAUGACAAUGCACACCAAUCUGUAACGCGCUCGAAGAUAGUUUUGGUAGACUGCGAUGGUCUGCAAGACGCGAAAGCUCAAUUCACCCGUAUUCAUUCCGUUUAUAUAUACAGCUUGUCACCCUCAGUCUUACGCGAUGCCGGCUUGAUUUGCCAACCGACUGUCAAUGUCCGGAAUGCAGACACAAAGGGCAAUGCCGCGCUCAAUGGGAAGAUAAUCAGUGCACACGUGAAGAUCAGGAAUGGACUGCCCAAAAAUGUCUCUGCAGCAUCAUCGUCAAAGACAACGUUAGAUGCGCGAAAGCCAGUCAUGCCCCAACCACAUAUUUUACCGCAAAAAUCAGAGCAGACGACAGACAAGGGUAAGCGGAACGAAGUGUCAAAGGACAAUGUGCAUGCAAAACCACUUGCUACAACAAAAGAGCAACCCAAGCCGACUGGUAAACUAGAUUGGAGCAAAGGCAAGAGUAAGGAGCAGGAGAUCACAUCAGGACCACGCGUCAAGGAUAAGGCCGAGCCUCGAUCUAGACAAGAUACUAAAAUUUCGUCGUCUUCGGCAAAAUUGGCUGAUAAACCGUCGGGUAAUAGUGAUAUGGGUUUGCAAUCGAUGAAGAAGCCUAUCUCAAAGGUACCUGCAGUCGAACCAAAGCGAACUACUAAGCGUAAAUCGCCUGAUCCAUCAGAUUCAGAUGUAGAUGUCGAACACAAGCCAAUGCCCAAAGACGGGAAGGCGAUGCCUUCCGCAAUGAAUCAUGCAAGAGUGAAAAGAGGUGUCGUAGUGUCGGAUGACGAGGAUGAGGAAGCCCCGAGCAAGUUACACAAAAAUAUCACUCGGUCCACUUCAGACUCUGAGAGGAGUCUUGCGGCAAUGAUGGAUAUUGACGAUGACCAAGUUGUCAGGGCAUCCCGCUUGUCCUCUCAUCGCCCCGAUGUUGAGGUAGACGAUACUGGUGACGAGGUCGACCAAACUGACGUAGACGCCCUGAUAUCUAGUCUCGGCGAGGAAGAGGAGGAGGACGUCAAGCCCCAAGCUAAGAAGAGGAAAUCUAAGAAAGUAAUCCCCGUCGGGCGCAAUGGUUUGAAGAAACGUCGCAUCUUAAAAAGUCGCACCACCACCGAUGCCAAAGGCUACAUGCAAACGGAGGAUUAUUCUUCGUAUGAAUCCGUCAGUGAAGAGGAAGCCGUGCCCGAGGAACCGAAAAAGAGGAAAUCAAGGAAAGUGGUUCCCGUCGGACGCAAUGGUUUGAAGAAACGUCGUGUCAUCAAAAAUCGCACUAUCACUGAUGCCAAAGGCUAUACCCAUACAGAAGAAUACUCCUCGUAUGAAUCUGUUAGUGAAGAUGAAGCUGUGGAAGUUGCGCGUGAUGAUGCGAAGAAGACCAAAAGUAAGAAAAAGGCAGAAUCGAAGUCCAAGGAUGAGGCGGGGGACAAGCCGGUACAGGCUAAUUCAAAGAUCAAGGAGACGAACUCUUUACGCGGGACUAAAGCCAAGUCUGGGAAGGCACCGAAACGUGGAGGUCUUUUAAAUUUCUUUGGACCUGACAAGUCGAAGAAAUAGAGGUCAGUUUACACUAGGGAGCAGGCGUUAAUGUAGUUAUGAUUU